CAGACUUCUCUUCUCAACCCCACAAAAGCCCAACUCCCAACGCCAUGGCUUGCUGUGCUUCCUACUGCUGCAGCGUCCCCACCGGCCCUGCCACCACCAUCUGCUCCGCUGACAAGAGCUGCCGGUGCGGAGUCUGCCUGCCCAGCACCUGCCCGCACGGGAUCAGCCUCCUCCUGCCAACCUGCUGCGACACCUGCCCUGUGCCCUGCUGCCAGCCUGACACCUAUGUGCCAACGUGCUGGCUGCUCAACUCUAACUACUCGGCUCCUGGCCUGAGUGGAAUUGAGCUGAAGACCUUUGUUACGCCUUGCUGCCAGGGUCCCUGUGAGCCCGGCUGCUAAGCAGCCACUUCCCUGCACAGCUCAGCGAUGGGCAGGUCAACAUCCUGCCCGUCCUCACUGGGCCUUCAACAUUCCCUACUACCUACAUCAGGCUGAAACAGUCCCAGUUCUCCAGGCCAUGUUUUCAUGAACUUGCCCUUCUUAAUUCUUUCCUCCUUUGGGUAGAGCUGGAGACCUUCUUUCUGUCUUUUAGGCUAUUUCAGUGCUCUUUGAGAAAUAACCGUUUUGACUAUUCAUUAAUAAACUUCAUUCUGGCUUAGCAAACACAGCCUUGUGAUUAUUU